CUAAGGGUAUCCCCAUAAUAUACAACAUGAGGACCUAAGGGUACCCCCAUAGUAUAGGACUUGAGGACCUAAGAGUACCCCCAUAAUAUAGGACUUGAGGACCCAGGGGUACCCCUAUAAUAUAGGACUUGAGGACCUAAGGGUACCCCUAUAAUAUAGGACUUGAGGACCUAAGGGUACCUCUAUAAUAUAGGACUUAAGGACCCAAGGGUACCCCCAUAAUAGAGGACUUGAGGACCUAAGGGUACCCCUAUAGUAUAGGACUUGAGGACCUAAGGGUACCCCCAUAAUAUAGGACUUGAGGACCUAAGGGUACCCCCAUAAUAUAGGACAUGAGGACCCAAGGGUACCCCCAUAGUGUAGGACUUGAGGACCUAAGAGUGCCCCCAUAAUAUAGGACUUGAGGGCCCAGGGGUACCCCCAUAAUAUAGGAGUUGAGAACCCAAGGGUACCCCUAUAGGAUCUCAAAAUUUGGGAAAGACAACCUUUGCGUGAUGAUGGAAGUGAGUUGGAGUUACCCGUUACCGUUACCAAGUAACGCAGAGUUACCGUUACCCGGUAACUAGUAACGCAAAAGUUACUAGUUACCAAGUAACUAGUAACGCAAAAGUUACUAGUUACCAAGUAACUGGUAACGCAAAAGUUACUAGUUACCAAGUAACUAGUAACGCAAAAGUUACUAGUUACCAGGUAACUAGUAACGGAAAAGUUACUAGUUACCUGGUAACGUAACGCAUCGGUAACGGUAACUUCCCUCCCCUAAUCCAAAGCAGCUACUAAUAUUCAAAAAAAGAAUUGGUAACUGUUAGUCGAUUGCUGUGGAAAUACAGCACUUGUUAAAUGAAUGUCAUAUUCCGGAGAAAAAUUAUUUUCCAAUUUCGAUAUGAAACUGUAUAAAAAUAGAUCUUAACGAAAAUAUAUUGAAAUCUUUUCGCUAUUGCUAUUCUAAUAUAUGAGUAUGGAAAAUGUGUAUCUUUUACAAUGGUACAUCCUGCAGUCAUAAAUCCAUAGAGAAGUGAAUCAAAAGAUCUGUAACCUUUACAAUAAACUAUUUACUUUAAGACUUUUGCCUGUCAAAUUCUUCAAAUCAAAAUUCAAAUAAGAGUUUUUCUAGGAACAUGACAUUCAUCUGAAAUGUGCGUUUUUUUUCGCAGUAAUAAGUUAAGGCUUCGAGAUCUUUUCGAGACAUACAUAUCUUAUUUAGAUUUAGAAAAUGUGCAUUGUCUCAACUGAAAAGUAUGUUAUCAAUUGGACAUAGUUUCUUCAGUAGAAUUCAGGAUCACAUGCAUAUUGAAUAUCAGCACCAAUACAAACAAUAUAUCUAUCCUACAAAGACAGUUUAAUUAAUCGUAUGAUAAAAUCUAAGUUUAUUGGGCAAACAUUUUGAAAUUCUCUGAAAAUACAUCUAAAACCUAAUUUCUUUCACAUGUAUGAAGUUCAUAGUGAAGAAAAAUUUUUAGAUAAUGUAGAGUAAAAGUCACCACUUCUUUCAGAUAUCGAGUUUCAAUAUAAGAUAGGCUUAUUAAAAUCUUUCUAUUGAUGGUUUUUCAAGACAUAUUACACUUUGUAUUGAUGAAAACUUUUCCGUUCUCUACAAUCUACCACCAAAUGAUUACUAUCUUGUAAAUAAAAAGUUGAAUUCAAACAGAAAAAUUCUCUCUUCGGUCAUGUUUUUUAUAGAUGCACAUUGUUGCUCAUUUCUAAUAAGAGAAAAAUCUAAAUUUAAUUAAAAUAUUUUUAUUCAGCAAUUCUUUGUUGUUCAUCUUCGUGAUCCAAAUCCAGUAGAUCCAGCUGAAAAUGAUACCGAUUCAUUAAUACCAUGUGAUCCAAUGGAAACACGUGAUGCAUUUUUAAAUUUUGCUCGUGAUAAACAUUAUGAAUUUUCAUCAUUACGUCGUGCAAAAUUUUCAACAAGAGCUUUAUUAUAUGAAUUACAUAUAUCAACAACAGAUAAGUUUAUAUAUAAUUGUAAUAUAUGUCAACAACAAUGUGAUAUACAUUAUCAUUGUACAAUGUGUGAAGAUUUUGAUCUAUGUGAAAAAUUUGAACAUUUUGAUCGAAAUUCUUCAAAUCGAAAUGAUAAAUCUGUCGUAAAUUCACAAUUACAACGUCAACAAUUAAUACAGCGUUGUAUUGAAGUUUUGUUACAUGCAGUUAAUUGUCGAAAUGCUAACUGUCUUAAGCAUAAUUACUUUCGUUAUAAACGUUUUAUACAACAUUAUAAUGAAUGUCAAAGAAAAAAUGGUCAAUGUAAUAUAUGUAAACCAGUUAUAUAUCUUUGUUGA